GCGCGACUGUCACUUAGGCUGGCAUUACAUAUAUUCGCUCGCGUUCUUAUCACAAACUUGAAAGCAUUUUCUUGGAAACAUAUAUCAGAUGCCUACUGCCAGCUCGUCGCGUCUUAAGUCCAGCGCUCGUUCUCGUAGGGUACCCUCAUCUGACGGAAUCGAAGAAGAUGGCCUCAGUCAGCAACCAACACAAGACGACGUAGACGAAGGGGGAUCCUCUUCAGAAGAGGAACAACAACCUCGUCGUAAGUCUGUCAAGAAAGAAAAAAACGCGAAAAAAAGGGGUCCUCAGGUCGAAGAUGAUAACGAAGAUGAUGACCGUAUAGAUGUAAGGAAUUUCCGGGACCAGCCCCUGGACCGCAAAGACGGAGCAAAGCUUCAUGGUAUUGCUCAGGACUGGGAGAUGACUAGAAAGCAAGCACACCAAGGCUCUUUUGGCCUCGUUAAUGACGUGGCAAUCUCCUUGGCAGAUGUAAUGGACGGUGAUCAAGCAGAAGAGGCUCUUGCAGAAGUAGAUAUAAUCAUGAGGGACUUGCUAGAUAUCGAACAGGAAAUGAUAUCUCAUGAAGAAACUCUUGAUGGCAUAUACCAAAGGCUAUCACAGGGAGAAGCUAUUGAAGGGGUACUGGAUAUGUACGAAAAAGGUGUCAAAACUCAAUUGAACGAUUUCCGGAAGAAAACUUCGCGGCAGAAAUACAGUAAAAAUGAGCGAUACACCAAAUUCAAGCAAGGAGUAUAUGAAGUUCAACAUCCAGGAGAAGCUAUCCCUCCUAUUAACGAGUUCAUUCCGAAAGAGGAUGCUGACGACAGUGAUGACGACGACGAUUUGGAAGUGGGUGGCAUGACCCAGGAUUACAAAUGUCCUAUCACUUUAACCAUCUUGAUCAAUCCAGUUACAUCCCAAAUCUGCGGACAUUCUUUCUCUGCAAACGCCAUCCGGGAGUUCCUUGGAAAUACUAGGAAAGCCAAGAAGUGCCCUGCGUCAGGAUGCAACAAAGAAAUUUCCUUAGGUGAUCUCAAACCAGAUAAGGAGCUGGAGAAGAAAGUAAAGAUCGCAGCCCGAAGGCUACGCAGGGAAGAAGAUGACAGUGAUGAAGACGUGGACGAGGUUAUCGAGUAACGGACACAUAUUGACAACGAUGUAUUCCUAUACUGUAUUUUCUUAUCAAUAGUUACUUUGUAUUCUUGGUGAUUCGAUUUUAUUCAUCCUAUUUC